AUGCUACUGCUGUUACUGCUGCUGCUGCUGCGGCCCGCGGGUUGCUUGGGCGCUGGCAAAGUGCCGGGGGCACUGUCCACGGAUGCCCCCGCCGACCUUGACGCCCCCUGUGCCCCCAGUGCCACCUGUCCCUCAGGCGGACGUCGCUUCCCCCGGCAGGCUGCCACUAGCCAGCCGCCCAGGACCCUGCAGUACUCUGCUUCUAAAGCCGACGAGGAUGAGUUCCUUUCCCCCUGUGGCUUCUCCUAUGAGCGGGACACCACCCUCAGGGAUCCGGAGGCCAUGGCUCGGCGGUGACCGUGGAUGGUCAGUGUGCGGGCCAAUGGACAUAUCUGUGCAGGCACCCUCAUUGCCUCCGAGUGGGUGCUGACCGUGGCCCACUGCAUGAUCCAGAGUGAUGUUACCUAUUCAGUGUGGGUGGGGAGUCCAUGGGUUGACCAGAUAUCCAAGUCUACUGUCGACGUCCUGGCGCAGCAUGUCAUCGUGAACAGCCAUUAUCGGUCCCAUCGGUACUGGUCCGGGGUCGGCCGGGCCAAUGACAUUGCCAUUAAGCUUGAGCGGCCACUCAACUACAAGUAUGUCUGGCCCAUCUGCCUGCCUGGCUUGGACUCUGCGCUAAAGGACCACGCCCUGUGCACCGUGACAGGCUGGGGACUCCCCAGGGUUGAUGGUGUGUGGCCCCAGUUCAGGACCAUCCAGGAUAAGGAAGUCACUAUCCUAAACAGCACGGAGUGUGAAAGCCUCUACCACAGGUUCUCCAAAAUCCCUCUGAUUCAGAUCAUCAACUCCCAGAUGAUUUCUGCAAAGGACGUCAACAGGAACAGUUUUGCUAUGUGAAUAAGUGGUGAGCCCUUGGCCUGUCCUGUGGAGAGCAUAUGGUACCUGGUGGGAAUGGUGAGCUGGGGCCCAGGCUGCAAGAAGAGCAAGGCCCUGCCCAUCUACCUACACAUCUCCUCCUGCCAGUAGUGGGAACGCCUCAAUGGGCAGACGCUGCCAGCCCCAUCCAGGGCCCUGCUCCUGGCACUCCUGCUGCCCCUCAACCUCCUCGCUGUCCUCUGACACUCGUGCCGUUGUCUCUGGGUGCACCCUCCCUUGCCCAGGCCCCUCCUCACCCUCUGUGCAGCUCUCACAGCCUCAUAAGGCAGGGCAGAGACUAGGUGCUCAAUUAAAUGUUUCUCUUCCCCAUGCUUCCUCCUUCCUGGGCCUGCUACAGUGGGAGAUGAGAAAACCAGACAGGGGUGGGAUGGGCAGUUUAUACUGAAAAGUACAGAGCCCCAGGAUCUGCCUCCAUCCAAAGGUUCAGGGUGGCUACCACAGAAGGUGGAGGGAGUGUGUAGGGAUGAUAUUGGGGUCCGAUGAUGGAGGGCCUAGAUACUGGGGUCAGAUGAUGGAGAGUCAGGCUGAAGCUGGAGCUGCCAGGACGCAAUGUGAGGCUGGGAAUAAGGGUGCAGCUCUGUCUGGGCUGGGGAGGUAAGUGUGUUCUCCUUGACUUUGGCCCAUCUUCUGGCCGGUGGCUAGAACAUACCCUGUUUUUGCCCUGAAGCACUGUAGUGGACUUUGACCUUCCAGCCCUGUCCCCUGUCUGGAGGCUGGGGCAGAUGCCCACUGGGAUCAGAUAUUAUCCCCACCAUCAUCAGACAUGCCUGUCCAUAAAGGGCUAGUGGAGGCCCAGGUCAGAGGUCAGGGAGGCAGCUGGCAGGGCAGAUGUAGCCCGGGCCUGGACUUACCCCAGGCAUUACCAGCUGCUUCUCUGACUUAUAGUGGCUCCUGCUCCUCUGGGCUUCUGCUGCCCAGCCAACAGGAGGGCUCUGGCUUGUAUGAGUAGAAUGAUCUUUGCCACAGCCAUAUGUAUGAGAAGCCCAUAGGCUGGAGCCCAAGGGCAGAGUCAGGGUUCCCACUUGGUGGCGCAGUGAGUACUCAGCUUCCACAGCAGGGCCUUCUGUAAUCUCUCUGCUCCCUCAUGGCUGUAAGACCCCAUGCUCCUUCCCCCAUGCCAGCCUGGUUCCCUCUUCUUGUGUAAUAAUGGUCCAGGUCCAGAUCAGAAUCCAGGUUUGACUCCUCUGUGUCCCAAGCACCCACUUAUUGAAACCCAGGGUGUGGAGCAGAGGCAAGUGGAGAGCAGGCAGCUUCCUCCCUGGUCCUGCUGCCCUGCCUCAGGGCUAGGCCCCACUGGCUGCAGCUGACCCUCUGCCUCUUGGCCACCACCUCUCCCUCCAGCUCAUCUGAAUUCAGGCUGGGAGAAAAGUCAGG